AUGGCGAACACUCUCAAAAGGAAACUAUACGAGAAAGCAAACGACGAAGGCAAUUCUCCUUCCCAUGAUUCGCAGCGGUCAGGGAAACGAAAAGCUUCAGAUGAUUUCCUAGCAACGAUGGAUAAGCGGUGUUUAGUGAGAGACUUUGCAUGUAUCCUAUGCCAGCGGAUAUGUAAUAUUCCCGUUGCAACCACGGUAUGUAUGCAUAGGUUUUGUGAGAGUUGUAUGAGUCCUCGAAUAGCAGCUGGUAAUCUGAGAUGUCCCCGGUGCAAUAUGCAACUUGAUCAAAACCAGCCUGUUUGUUAUGAUUCGAAUUUCCAAGAUAUUAUAACCAAGAUAGAUUUUGACUUGAAUACUGUUCAUGAUUUGUUAACCAGAAAACCUCAUUCCGCUUCUAGUGAUGAAGAGUACAUGGAUAUGUGUGAUGUGUCUGAGGAGCGUCGCAAAAUUAUACGAAAGAAAUUGGCACCUCAAAGUAGGAUACAUCCGCUAGCGGCUGAACAUGGAAGUAAUGCGUUAGUGCAGCGAUACUUGAAGAAGAUGGGAUUACCUCAUCAUGAUCCUCCUCUUCCUUUGCCGAAAAUUCCCGAACAUGAUGGUGGUGAAAUAGAAGAGAGGCGGCCGUUUCGAAUUUACGGCAAUCUAAUCAAUCACUGCAACAAAGAUCAUGUUUGGCCAACGAUCGAGAAGAAAGAACCCAACAGAUUUGGUAUUACUGCCGAAUACAGAAAAAGUCUGUUGAAAAUGCGUCGUAUGUUUCGAUCGAAACCGCGAGCUGCUGAAAGUUCUGUGAGUGAGUGUACAGAAAUAGAAUCUGGAGAUGAGAAACCUGCAACGAGCGAUGGAAAAUCCAAACAUGAUCCAUUGGAGAAAGUUGAGGCUGAGGUGGAUGUAUUUCUGGAAAAGGAGGCGAAUGGCGAGUCGUCGAGUAAUGGGUCGCUAGAUUCAGAGGAUGUCACCGAUAUGAUCUGCGAACGCCACCAUUUGUUUCUCAAUCGACAAGCGACCCAAAUCGUGGAAGUAGUGUUACGAAUGUUAACCCGAAACUCUUUUCUCGUAUCAUCUCCCGCCGGGAGCUGA